UCUGUAGGGUUUAGCUCAAACUGAAUGGAAAGGAUAAAAAGGCACACAGUCCAAGAAAUAAAAUUACAAACAAAACCAGCACGGGCAUCCAGACGGUGAUCCUGCGUGCUUGCUUCGUAGAGCCAAGUGGCUUUGAGUGCUGACUGGAAAGUGAAAACAGCAAGAGUUUGUCUGUAUUCUGGGAACUGGAUAAUCGUUUUGGGCGGCCUUGUGGCCUGUGGCUGGGGGUCAUAUAAAAUCCAGUAUACUCAAAACAUAGAGCACUAAAGACAUAAUAUCAUCACUGCAAAUAUAUUCAUUCGAGGCGACUCCGGCCAUAGGCAAUGGCAGAGCCGAAGAGAAAUAUAAAAUUAUAUAUGCAUUCCAUUGUCCAAUUUCCUAAAAAAACCAAUAGUAAAAAAACACCUCAAAUUACUGAAAUCUCCAAAGCAGCAGUAGAGAACAGACGAAAAGAGAAGACACCACCUUCAGAUUCGCUCCCCUUGUCGGAUUGGAAGUACAAGAGAAACCGAACACCUCCCAACUCUAACCCACCAAACCAAAGCAACCCUACUCUGUCUAUAUUUACGUUUUGACACUCAUUUCCUUUUGAAAGAGAGAAAAUGAGAGAAUCAUAUUGGUUCACCUACUCUUUUCUCUUUCACUCUCCGUUUUCUCUUUCUUUCAUUCUAAGGAUUCUAAAUUUUCCAUUUGUCUCUUGUUUUCAUCCCCUCUUCUCUUUGGAUUCUUCAAAAAAACUUGAUUUUCUCUAGUACCCAUUUAUCAAAAAUGGAUUUUUUAGUCACCCAUUUGUUCAAAAUCGAAUCUUUGCUUCACAUACACUCUCAAGUCUCUUAAAACAAUGAAAAACGGAUUUGGCUAUUCAAUACACCCCAGAAAAAGAACUUUUUUUUAGAUUUUCAAAGUUUUUUCAAACAUGGGCAAGAGAGGAAUUCAGUUGCUUGAUGAUAAAAAAGAUGGCUUUUUCUCUAUAUGUGAUUUGGGGUCUCAAUGGAGUCUCGAACAGAAUAACUUUUAUCCAGGUGGCUUAUUUGCUAGCGUUGGUCAAAUGGGAAUGGGAUUUGGCGUUUCACCAAACACCCCAAAUCCCCGUGAGAAUGGUGGAAUCAAAGCUACAUUUUCCGAUUUGUUUGUGAAAUAUUUACCAUCACAAUACGAAAUUCGGGUUGUCGGAGUACCGGAAGGUGAAGCAGCUUUGGACAAGAAGAAGAAGAAAAUUGGCUUAAAACUGAAAAUCAAGGUUUCUAAUCCUUCAUUAAGGAGCUUAAUAAGUGGUGCCAUAGCUGGGGCGGUUUCGAGGACUUGCGUCGCGCCACUGGAGACAAUAAGGACGCAUUUGAUGGUUGGGAGUAGUGGGAAUUCUACAACUGAGGUGUUCCAUAAUAUAAUGCAGACUGAUGGGUGGAAAGGGCUGUUUAGGGGUAAUUUCGUUAAUGUGAUUCGAGUUGCGCCAAGCAGGGCGAUAGAGCUUUUUGCUUUUGAGACUGUGAAUAAGCAGUUGUCACCCAAACCUGGGGAAGAACCAAAGAUUCUGAUUCCUGCAUCGUUAGUUGCAGGGGCUUGUGCUGGAGUCAGCUCAACUUUGUGCACCUAUCCUCUUGAGUUAGUUAAGACUCGAUUAACCAUUGAGAAAAAUAUGUAUGAUGGUAUACUUGAUGCUUUCUUAAAAAUACUGCAAAAGGAGGGCCCUGCUGAACUUUAUAGAGGCCUUGCUUCUAGUCUCAUCGGAGUAAUUCCAUAUGCUGCCACUAAUUAUUUUGCAUAUGAUUCAUUGCGGAAAGCAUAUUGUAAAGCUUUUAAGGAGGAAAAAAUUGGCAAUAUUGAAACCCUAUUAAUUGGAUCACUAGCCGGGGCUAUUUCAAGUACUGCAACUUUCCCGCUUGAGGUGGCUCGGAAGCACAUGCAGGUUGGAGCUCUCAAUGGAAGACAGGUGUACAAGAAUGUGGUGCAUGCACUCUCAAGCAUUGUUGAACAAGAAGGGAUUCAAGGUCUAUAUAAAGGAUUGGGUCCUAGUUGCAUGAAGUUGGUACCUGCUGCUGGGAUUUCCUUCAUGUGCUAUGAAGCAUGCAAAAGGAUACUGGUAGAGAAGGAUGAGGAAGCAUAGAAUUUCCCUUUGAAGGGAAUAAACUAAUGUUUUGGAGCAGAAGGAUGAGCUGGCAUACAUUUUUGGUUCAUCGUUUAUCUCUUUUAUCUUUCUUUUUUUAUAUAUUUUUCUCCUGCUGAUUUAUUUUUUGGUUGAGGGCUCAGUUGGUAGCCGCAUUUGCAAGGUAAGAAAUGAUCUUGAAAAGUAAAUUAGUUGGCAUACAGUCUCUUUCUUUGGGCUUGAAAAGGAGACGUAUAAAGUUAUACAUUUGAAGAAAGAAAAACUUAAUUGAGUACUGUUUUAGAACUUGUGUAAGCGAGUUACUCUUUUGAUAUUUUCUGCUUAAAUGUGUUUCAGUUUAACGAAAUUGUCACUCUUUCACAUUUUACUGUGUAAUUUCCUUCAUUCCAUGCCCUGACGGCAAACUGCAAUGGAAAUUUAGAAGCAUCUUGAAAGCAGUUAACUAGAAUCACUCUUUCACAUUUCUGUUACGUUCGCUUGUAACAUGAAACAUGUGGAAAAAGCGAAAUAUAUUGCUGCAUACGUAUGGCAGUGUUGAUCUCCGUGUGGAUUGUGGAGCAUUGACCAAUGCCCUUCCAGUAACAGCAAAAUGAGCAAACUGACUUGCGCACGUGAUCAUCACCAUCAUGUUGUAGGCCUUAAAGCUUCUUUUCCAGCAGGAACUUUAUUUAUCAAAAAUCAAGGGAGCAAGAAAAACAAUGAUUUUGCAAUUUGCAUUG